GUUCUUAUGCCAGUUUAAGAAUCGCAAGGCAGAUUCCAGAAUGUAUGGCUUUUUAGGCAAGUUUUGGUAAUUAGCAGGCUCAGUCUCUGAACAUCGCAAGGGUACUGUUACCAUGGCAACUGGCAAGCAAGGCUGCGGUAGCGCUGCCGAGCCUCAGCAUUCGGUCUCUGCUCAGAGAGAAAAAGAGAUGCACGUUCAGGCCCCUCUAACAGCCAUGUAUAUCCAGGCGGUGCCAGCCCUGCCAUCGCACCCUCAGGCCCAGCCAGCAGCCAUGCAAGAUGCAGCGGUUAUUCCCUUGUCUAUGCCAAUGGUGUUGGCCAACCAGACUCUGCCCAUUCUGACACUGCAAAUAACCAGCGGAACAGCUCUUCAGCAGCAGAAGCCUGAACUUUCAGCAUCUUCACCUAGACCCAAAUCUGCAGGGAAGCACGUGUGCCCACACUGUGGACGGGACUGUCUAAAACCGAGUGUGCUGGAAAAACACCUGCGCUGCCACACUGGUGAGAGGCCAUAUCCUUGUCCCACUUGCGGCAUCUCCUUCAAGACACAGAGCAACCUUUACAAACACAAACGCACCCAGGCCCAUGCUCGUUUAUCCAGCGAAUCUGGAAAGGAAACCUUCAGCAGCCAGGAGAGCACAGACAGCUCGAGAGAUAUUUGCUUCGGUCCAUCUGUGGAAUUGCAAAGGGAAGACUCAGGUGACACAAAAAGACCCGACAGCGUCCUUUCUACUGUAUCAGAAAACACAGCGAGCUCUGAUCAAGUUUGUUCGGCUGAGAGUCAGACAAAGUCUGACACUGAAUGGGCUUUAUGCAAAGCUGCUGUGGUUGGACUUAUUGCUUCACCAGCUCAUGGACAACAGGAAACCUUAAACCCUGCAGACUGUAGGAUAUCAUUAUCACCUGAAGGCAAAACAGAAGCUGCUUUAAUCCAGGCAAAAGACCCAACAGGAGAUGGUCGCUCUCCACUGACUCCAAAUCGCACACCUCUCCAAAGGCAGGAAGCCCUCCUUCCAAAACUCUCCAGAGGGAAGUCUCAAAGCCAUGACAGCACAGACUCAGGCUUUAGUGAAAGUAAUGAACAUCACUUGACCUCAAGUCCGGGAUAUUCCCUGCACAAUCCCAGCAUGGAUUCAGCUACCAGCAUGGAACUGCAGAAACCAGGAGACUCUGAAACCCCCACAGAUGAGGCUACAGAGGACAUGAAAAACAAGGUGUCAUUUCAGGAGAAACAAAAGCUGGAGGAGCACAUUUUGAAACUUAUAUCUGAAAACAACUUGCUAAUGGAUGACAAACACCUUGUAAAUGUGCGUCCAAGGAAGACAGUGUUGUCCAAACAAGGCAGCAUUGAUCUUCCCAUGCCAUACACUUACAAAGACUCAUUUCAUUUUGAGAUGAGAAGCAGCAAACACCAAGUCUCCAUUUCGCAAACACAGGACAAAAGAGGUAGGGCUAUUUACAGCUCUAUGCCCACACAACACUCCACCAGCAUGGAGCAUGCUCCAUUAACAAGAAGCAGCUCUUUACCAUUUAGCAUAAACAAUUAUAACAGUGACAAGACAAUUUUACCUUAUCAAGGAGACAACAUACCUUUGAGCAGACGGUGUAGCGCAGGUCACAUUUACCCUUUCAAAUCGGUAGAUCAACAUGCACCUAGCCAUCGCUCACUGGUCAGGCAGGUAGCAGUGGACUGUCUAUCGACAGCCGAGGGAUCUUCAGUGGAGAGAGGCAGUCACAGUAGCCUUAGCUCGGUUGAAGACUUCACUGACAAUGCAACAGAGUCAGCUGUCAAAAGAUGCCACAGAAAGAAAGUACAAAAGUUUCCUUACAAUAAAUGGUAUAUGUACGGAGGUGGUACAUUCAAAAAGCUCUACAACACAGAGAAAGACAGUGUUUUGAAAAGCAGAAAGGUCAUGGUUUGCUCUGAGCAAACUGAAACCAAGAUGAAUCAAAUAAGCCAAGAGAAAGAUAGUUCAUCAGUGUCUGAGAGCGUUACUUCCUGUUCUAAUGUGUGUCCGCCUCCUGCUGUAAAUAUGCUAAUAGCACACACAUCCAGUCAGGUAAUUUCUUCUUAUGUACUUUUGCAAAGUCCAAUAAAACAAUCCGACAGAUCACUUCAGCAAUGUUUGGUCAAUCAGACUAAUGUUUCAAGCUCAUGUGACUUAAACACCAUGACGAAUGCAGAAAAAGGGACAAAAGAAAAAGACACGGGUUCAGAAAUACAUUUUUCAAGUCAAGUUCCCUCAGAGAGGAAAAAGCAGAAGACAGAUGAUGUAAUUACAGCUGUGAUGGAAGACAAGGACAAACAAAUAGGGAGGCAGCAAUGUGUUUUCACCUCUGCAAGUCAACAGGUAAAAUCACUACCAUUUAAGUUUUGUGAUGUGUCCCAAAGAACACUUUAUACCCAGCAGAAGGACAGGGAAGGCAGUUUGACCAAUAUGUCUUCUUUAAAACAGAGACAGCUUUUUAAAAGACACAGCUCUCCUCUUUUUGUGGCCAAUAUAAGCGGGACAUCUGGGUCGACUUCAGCCUCUGCCAGCAUCCCAUCUGUUUCUUCAGCCGAGACCAGCUUUCUUCCUAAGUAUCAGCUAAAGAUUCCAUCUUCUACAGAUGGUGCCUCAAAUUCGUGUUUUGGCAAAACUUUGCUGAACAUGUCUUUACCCAGCCUUCAACCUUUACAGCAGACUCACCCUACAACAACUUUAGCACAAUCAGCUUCAACAAGUACAAAUUCUACUUUGUGUACAACAGCCAUAACACAGACUGAUACUGUGACAUCUAUGGAAUACAUUGAGCCAUCAAAAACAAAGGUACAGAAUCAACCUAGUAUAUACACAUCGGCUUCAAUCUCAACAACACCUACAAUACUUUCGUCAUUCCCCCAGAACAAGCCUGGUAACAUGCUAACACAAAACCAGUGCACCACAUCUUCAAUUUUGAGUAAUCCUGGACAAACUUUUACAGCCUUGGAUCAAUGUCAAUCCAUCACUGUUAGCACAAGACAGGACAUAAUCCCAUCACUUUGCCAAUCAACUACUUUAACAGCAAACACCAAGAACUGUGCUGGAUCUACAAUGUCUGUUUUACAAAACAAUUCUGCCACAUCGGUAGUUAUUGUAAGGCAACCACCAGGACCUACUAAGGAAACACCUGUGUCAGGUAAUAAAGAUUUAAUGGGGGGAAUCCCCUUGGAUAUAAGCCACACUGCAUUCCCCGAAGCUAAGGACACAUUUUAUGUGCAAACAGCGGAUCUCCAGAUAGUUAUGCAACUCAUUUCAGAUGAGCAGUUAGCUCAGAUAGAGCCGCACAUCGAAACACCAGGCUAUACAUCAACUGGAAGUCACUCAUUUUUCAGCAAAGAUAUGGAAAUAUCUGGGAAUGACAGGAUCCAUAAACAAUGCUCGGGGGACACAGGAUCAAAAGAGUGUGUAGCAUUUGAGAGUGUAAACAAAAGUGUGCUUAGCCAAAUCCCAGACGUAACACAGACAUUAUUUGGCUCAACAGUUACAGAACACAAGGAAAACAUGACAAGUGCUUGUGGUGUUUAUUUAACAAACACUCAAGGGGUCAUUUCAAGCUCAUGUUCAAAGACAGAACAUCACAUUUCAGCUUCAUUGGAUAGCAAAGUGAAAACAUCAGGACAGCAGUAUAAAUUAAGUACAGCACCUGAGGGCAGUAGUGUGCUAAAAAAGCUGGAGACUGCAGGGUUUAGGAAUCGACCAUGUCCUAUUCAGAGACCUAGUGAGAUACCGAAUGAAGCUUCACCAGGCAGAUCUGCAACAAAAAGUGGCAAAGAGCUAAGCAACUUUUCUACAGAUGACUGGAUCUCUGGAAACUUUUCACCAUCAUUAAGCAGAGUGGAGGAACAUUUUCAAGAGGUUAAAGUCUGUCCAGGGACUAGCCAUUGCUUUGUGGCAUCUAUGAACAAGACUGCAGUAUUCUCUGAGGAAACAUCUGUCAAAGCCACAUAUUUUCCAGACAUUUCUGUAUUAUCUGAGCCAUCUGAAAAAAGACAUGAAAGCCAUCGGUCUGUAGUAAUGACUCCACAAAAGCAAAAAUUGACAUCUGUUGAAGGAGAGAUGACUCAAACAAACAUGUCAUGCAUCUCUGAGGCACCCAGACUCAAACCAGCCUCCAUUUCGACAUCUACAACCCAAGUGAAGCUGGUUUCCACAGAGGAGCCAAGCCAACCAAAAUCACACUGGUCAUCGUGCAGCUCUUCAGCAUCUACCAGCUCAGGGAGUGUAUCAGCCUGCCAAAGCAAACCACUGAAAUGUACACGUGCUAAAGCACAGCAAAAUAAACCUUGCACUCUCGGUGAAUUUGUACACCACUCAAAUCAACAGGAUUGUUCUACUGAGGGAGCAGAAGUAUCUUUGGAUAAAGCUGAGGUCAAGGAACUGACAUCCAAGACUGUUCAUCUGACCCCGGAUCAUUUUGAGUCACAGAGACCAAAAGCCAAUUGUACUGAAAAAGAAAGUAUUGAAUGUAAACAGGUACCUGGUGGAAUGAACAAUGUCAGUCAGGAUACAUUCACAGGGCCUCCGGUGAGCCACUCUCUCCAAAGCCCUGAGCUCCAACGGGUGGCUGGAACAGGGAGCUGGAGGUGGACCCCCCAGGAAGAUAAAAAUAUAGGAGGUGACUGUGGGGUGAGGAUGUUAGACACAAACCUGACACGCAUGAUACAGGAGGAGGACGGCAUGAAAAACAAAGAGAGGCAGGAGGCAACGUGCAGUCAUGAAGGCUACAAGACAGCAGUAAAACCACACCCACAACUGUCCCAGCAUGAGAAUAAUCUAAAGACAUCAUCUUCCCAGCUGGGCAUGUCUACAGUUUCCAAUAGUACUCCUCCUGCAAUCUGUGACGCAACCAAUCAUCCACAAGACUCACCACCUCUUGGUCAAAGCGACUGUCUGCACAACUCUGAGCAAGUCAAUCCAAAGCAAAUCAGCCAGAAUAAUACAAAAGAAUUGAAGCAAGUCUCUUUUGGAAGCCAUGAAAGAUUCAUAUCAACACACACAAGACAAAAUGAGGUCAGACACUCAAAGUGUGGGCAUCUCUUAGCUCAUCCUCUGUUGGUUAACGCCAUUCAGAAAAAGGUUCAGAAAGAGACUGAAAAAAUGAACUCAGAGAGCCAAAGUUAUUCAAAGAAAUCACAAAUCCAGAGGCCAUUGGCAGAUCACAAAACAGAUGGGACACCAAGGGUUGGUGUGCCAGAUGAACUCUUCGUGACAUCAUCUUGUAACACAGAGUCAAGUCAAAUAAUAAAAAACACUCCUGAUAUAACAUUUUCCUCAUGCUCUGUUCCUGCUAACAAAUCUGGCAUAAAUUCUAGUCCAAUAUGUACUUCUAAUAAUACCACUGAGCUUAAUGCACCACAGUGCCCAUUGGGUGGCAGCUACUUAGAGGAAGAGGAAAGGGCCAGUAGUAGCGAUGAUGAAGGAAAACUAGUCAUUAACCUUGAGUAAACGAGCACACUGAUAUUAGUAAUCAAAAACUUUAAAUGCAAAGUCUCAAAAUAGUCCCCUACAUUACAACACACACACACACACACCCUGUAUGUUAGCCCAUAUUUAAUAAAUAUUUUUUGCAAGACCACAUAAAUAAACAUGGUGUACACAGUAACCCACACAGUAAUGUACUUUAAACCUCCAAUAUGUGGUUUAAACUUGCUUAACCUCAAACAACAGGAGACAAAUGUAAGAAAAAUGCAUUCCCACAGUAAUAGGCGUUCCACAGGGAUCAAUCCUAAGCACAUAAGGAUUACUGGGAGACUGAACAGACAGGUAGCUUUUGGCUUUGACAGCAAAAAUAAAUUUGCUUAUCACUCAGCAUUUUUCAGCAUCAUUUGCUGUCAUCUGUUUUGUUUAAUAAGCUGCUUUCAAAUGUAAUGUUGGAUACAGAUCAGCAGAUCAGGAUUUACACAAUGUUAUUUAAAUAAUAAAAUGCAAAAUGUUGAA